CUUCUUUCCUUCGAGAGCAGAGCCCGCUUGACCACUCCGCCACCAUGGUGCACUGGACCGCCGAGGAGAAGCAGCUCAUCACCGGCCUUUGGGGCAAAGUGGACGUGGCCACCGUGGGGGCAGAAUCCCUGGGCGGCAUGAUGUGCGUCUACCCCUGGACCCAGAGGUUCUUCCCCGACUUCGGGAACCUGUCCAGCCCCACGGCCAUCUGCGCCAACCCCAAGGUCCGGGCCCACGGCAAGAAGGUGCUGACCGCCUUCGGGGACGCCAUCAAGAGCCUGGACAACAUCAAGGACACCUUCGCCAAGCUGAGCGAGCUGCACUGUGACAAGCUCCACGUGGACCCCGAGAACUUCAAGCUCCUGGGCAAGAUCCUGCUCCUGGUCCUGGCCGGUCACCACGGGAAGGACUUCACCCCGGCCUGCCACGCCGCCUACCAGAAGCUGGUCAACGUGGUGUCCCACGCCUUGGCCCGCCGGUACCACUGAGGAGGGGUCUCCGCGGCCCCAAGGAGCAGCAACGGCGGGCAUCGCAGCCCCCGUCACAAGGCCUGACCACCCCCCAAUAAAAGCCUCCCCUUCAACCUGAGAA